UGUCGUUCCGCUGCUGUCACUUUGCCCGAGUUGAGAAUCGCCCAGCAAGCAGCAUCUCUUUUACAGAGAGCAGUCAAGCGCAGCGCAAAAAUGCAUUGAAAGAUGCAUCUCAGGACGUUUCCAUCCUUUUUCUGUUUGCCAUGAGGGCGUGUGACGGGAAUAAUGUGGAUGUUCGCACCGGAAUACGGGCCUUUAUUUUGAGAGAAAUGCGGAGUGUUUUGCGCUUGAGGUGUUAACGCAGAAAAAAAAAAAAAAAAAGAAAAAAUACAAAAAUGAAGAAGCAAUUCAAUCGGAUGCGACAGCUCGCCAACCAGACUGUUGGCAGGGCAGAAAAAACAGAGGUACUCAGUGAAGACCUUCUACAGGUGGAGAAACGUCUGGACCUGGUGAAGCAGGUUUCUCACGGCACACAUAAGAAGCUGACCGCCUGUCUACAGGGACAACAAGGCACCGAUGUAGAAAAGAGAUCAGUCAAAUCACCCUCUAAAAAGUUGCCCCUGACAACACUUGCUCAGUGUAUGGUGGAGGGAGCUGCUGUGUUAGGAGAUGACUCUCUUCUUGGUAAGAUGCUGAAACUCUGUGGAGAUACAGAGGAGAAGUUGGCCCAAGAGCUGCUUGUCUUUGAGUUUCAGAUUGAAAGAGAUGUGGUUGAGCCUCUAUAUGUGCUGGCUGAGGUGGAAAUUCCAAACAUACAGAAACAGAGAAAACAUUUAGCCAAACUUGUCCUGGAUAUGGAUUCUGCAAGAACACGGUGGCAACAAUCAUCCAAGUCUUUGAGUCACCCCAGUAAUGUGCAGCAGUGCGGAGCCAAGGCUGAUUCCCUGAGAGAGGAGAUGGAGGAGACGGCCAAUCGGAUGGAGAUCUGCAGGGACCAGUUAUCAGCUGACAUGUACAACUUUGUGGCCAAAGAAAUAGACUAUGCAAACUACUUUCAAACGCUCAUAGAGGUUCAGGCGGAGUACCACAGGAAGUCUUUGGAGAUUCUGCAGAGUGUGCUGCCACAGAUCAAAGCUCACCAAGAGGCCUGGAUAGAGAAGCCGUCGUAUGGAAAGCCUUUAGAGGAACAUCUGGCCAUCAGUGGCAGGGAGAUCGCCUUCCCCAUCGAGGCGUGCAUCACCAUGCUGCUAGAAUGUGGCAUGGAGGAAGAGGGUUUAUUCCGGGUGGCCCCUUCGGCCUCGAAGCUGAAGAAGCUGAAAGCGUCACUGGACUGUGGGGUUCUUGAUGUGCAGGAAUACUCAGCCGACCCGCAUGCCAUCGCAGGGGCAUUGAAGUCUUAUCUUCGUGAACUUCCUGAACCUCUAAUGACCUUUGAACUCUAUGAUGAGUGGAUUCAGGCCUCAAAUAUUCAAGAUAUGGAUAAAAGGCUCCAAACCCUGUUGGCUACAUGUGAGAAACUACCAGCAGACAAUCUGAACAACUUCAGAUAUUUAAUCAAAUUCUUAGCCAGACUCACAGAGCAUCAGGACGCAAAUAAAAUGACACCAGGUAAUAUUGCAAUAGUUCUCGGACCCAACCUGCUGUGGACACAUUCAGAGGGGAACAUAACAGAAAUGAUGACCACCGUAUCACUGCAAAUUGUUGGCAUCGUUGAGCCGAUUAUUCAACAUGCUGACUGGUUCUUCCCUGGAGAUAUUGAGUUCAACCUGACAGGGAGCUACGGAAGCCCCGUGCACACCAACCACAACUCCAACUACAGCUCGAUGCCCUCUCCAGACAUGGACCAAUCAGAUCGCAAGCAGCAGCAUGACCAGGGCCGACGCCCACUCAGCGUUGCUACUGACAACAUGAUGCUGGAAUUCUACAAGAAGGAUGGCAGCAUUAGGAAAAUCCAAAGUGUGGGUGUCAGAGUGAUGGACACGUCUUGGGUGAAGGGCAAGGGUUCCUCUACACUGGCACGUAAAGCCUCAUCCACUCCGCCCGGCUCUCCUGCUGACACCCUGAUCACAGAGCAGCCCGGCGAGCUCGCAAUAUCUCCAACCCCUACACCCCCUCCUGCAGACAGGGGCAGCUCAGACGACGUGUCGCCCAAUCGGCCGGAUUCCUCACAUGUCUAUGCGUCACACGUGGAGGAGCGGCCACCCCCUCCUUACCCUUCCUCUUCCUCUCACUCCGCCCCUCUCCACUUCUACCCCAAACCCCCUCCCUGUGCUCGGCCUGUGGCCCCCGGCCCCGAAUCACAGCCUCCCAGCUCCCCACCUCUGCCCCUGCGCUGGACCGGCUUCAGCCCCCCCCAGCCCCUGCCACCCCCUUCCUCCUCUUCCUCUUCCUCCUCUUCCUCACUCGAUAUCAACUCCAACCCCAAACCGAGCUGCCUGCACUUCCCCAAACAUGGCCCCAUGUGUGAUGCACCGCAUGCCGCUCUGUCCGACACCAACGCCUCGCCCCUCUACGUUAAAACUCCUCUCGUGCUGACCCGUCACGACAUGUGCCUAGGAAACCCCCCUAGCCUACCCUCCUCCGCCCCUCCGCCGUGGGCUGCCUGUCCAUGUGCCCGCGAGAGAGGACCCCCCAGGCUGACUAGCACUCUGAAGACCAAGGAGCUCUCUCCUGUGAUUGGCCACAAGUCUGUGCAGGCCUCAGGAGCAACAGUGCCCCCUGUCAGCGGUCAGCAGAGCAACAGCCAGUCUCCACACUCGGCGGAGCACAGCCCCCACACCCUACACAAAGCCUCUAAGAAACUAGCCCCUGUGCCACCCAAGGUUCCCUACAGCCAGUCGGGGGGGAUGUCAGACCAAUCCACAGGUCAGCCGUCUCCGGUCAGCCUGUCCCCCACUCCCCCAAGUACCCCUUCCCCUUACGGUCUGGGCUGUCCCCCUGGACACGCGCCCGCCUCUUCCCCUGGCCAGAUCCCAUUAGGGGGACCCCAUUCAUUGUCCUCUCCGCCCUCUCUGACUGGUACACUCACAAAAUCCCGGCCCACCCCAAAACCCAGGCAGAGACCCAGUUUGCCCCCUCCCCAGCCGCCCACCGUCCCCCCUAUGGCCCCCCAACCCCUGGAGCAGGGUCUACUUGACGGAUUGUCCCCCGGGGAGAGCAUGUCCACAGCAGAUCUCUUCAGUUUGGAAAUCCCCUCCAUCAAUGUCAAUCUAGACAGCCUGCUGGACGAGUUCAGAGUGGUCCCAUGUCGCUUUUCCACGCUCAGCUCUCCGGACGGGGACUCCGUGUCUGAGGAGGAAGGCCAGAGCACCACGCUUUGAGCCUUGAGCCUACCCAUCAGCUUGACAGCCUCUCCCAGAGCUCACCUAAUCCUGUUGAGGCCCGCCUGGAACCCCACCCAGCCCAAACCCUGGAUUCCCACCUCUUCUGGUCACCGGCACCACAGGAGAGACGAUACAAGAUGCCAACCACACAAAAGGUGCCAUAAUAAAAGCAACAGAAUGGAUUUCGUUCAAAUUGCCAGUAGAGGAACCUGGAGUUUUGUCUUACAAUUCCUGUUUCUCUUUGAACGAUUCUGUCUGUUUUGUUUCGUUGUUGUGUUUAUUUUAUUGUGAUGUUUUUAUUUAUGCCUUAUCGGAGCUGCAAUUACAGUACAAUGCACAUAGGAAGAAGUUUGCUGACUUUAAAGGAACCUCAUACACUUUCUUGUGCUGGAGGCAUGGAACUAAGACCCACCCUAAUGGUACAGAGUGGGACUUCUAUGUUUUCCCUACAGGGUCCAAGGAGAUGUCAUGCCAUACUCUUUGUAGAUGACUUGGUGCCAUAUAGAAUGCAGGUUUAUUAAGUAUAAUUUUGCAAUGCUGAGGUCGAUAUCUUUGUCCUCUCUAACCUACACACUUAAGACAGUACAUCAAAUUUUUUGAUUAAUAGUUACAUUGAUGUGCAUUUAUCUGAUGUGCAUUUAUCUGUGUUAGUGCACUAAGGAAACGGUGGGCGGAAUCUACACCCCUGGUCUAAAGUCAGCAUAUUUGAUUUCAGAGCUUCAGCUAAGGACUUUUUACUUUACUGGUGCUUUUGUGUCAUUUUGAGGCUUGCCAGCAUCUGUCUCCAUUCACUUUCAGAAAAACAUAAGGGUAAGUGAAGACAGAAUUUUUGUUUCUGGGUCAACUGAUCCUUUAAAGAUGCACUCAGUAAUUUUUUUAAGUAUGUCAAAGUAUGGCUAACACUGACACCUGGUGGCUUGGAAUCCGCAUCGUUCAAACACAGUAGUUAUCAGUUAGCAAUGCCAUUGUAGAAAUUCACAAUGCACAGUAAAACAGGAUUAAUUUAAGCUAUGAAGGUGUCCAAUAACAGGGCAGUUGCUGAGAUUAAGCAAGUAGUAUUCAGCUGGUCAUGUGAUUCUAACAUGGCAGCCCCCAUGAGGGGACCCUCUCCAUGGAAAAUAAAAGAGCUUUUAUAAUGUUACUGAUAUGACUGAACUCUUCAUCUCACAUGAAUGAUCAUGAUUUUAUACAUAUGUUUCAAAAUUACCAUUCAUUUUUUUAGAAGUAAAGUUUUUAAAUAAUAUUAAAUAAAAUUACUGAGUGCGCCUUUAAAAAGCCAAUAAAAUAUAAUGCAGUCCCUGAAGUCAAAUGUAGGCCAGUGGUGGGAAAUCCAGGGUUCCCAUGAUCAUGGAAAACCUGGAAAUGUCAAGGAAUUUUAAAACUGGGAUUUCCAGGGCUGGAAAAGUCAUGGAAAUUUCUAUAAUGAACAUAUAUAUUUCUAGUUAUGUUCAAUUUAGACAUAUUUCUUCAACUAGAAAUUACACUGUAAUCACAAACAACAAGAAAAUUGUGGACAAUUGGAAUUUUAACUCUUUACCCCCCAAAAAGAAAGCGUGUGCUAAAAAUGGGUCAGACCAUAACAAAUAGGUGUUUACCACCCACCCCCUGCCCCCCAAACUUUUUCAUCAUCAUGACUUUUGCCAGCCACUACCAAGAUCAAGCACUGGUUGCGCUCUAAAUGCACUGCCUUGGAUUUUCGGUUGUUUUUCUGCACACCCUUAUGCCCUCCAAAGUGCUUGAAGUGCAGUGCCACAUGAUCCCUUAUGUAUAUACCAAGACUAUAUAUAAAGAUGUGUAGAUAAGUGUCAAUGAGAGGUCAAAUGUAAAGGCAAAUAUGAAUUAUAUAUUCAGAAAAGUGACAUGCCAUAUUUAUCUUGUAUAGAGAUGGUGUCCUAAGUAUUAUUUUGUCCCUGAAGACUUUUUGUCAGGUUCACAUAGCAAGUGAGUUUUUGCACUUUUGUAAGCCAUUAACUAUGUGUAGAAAUAUGAAUGCAGAUGUGUCAAAAAUGUAGGUAGAGUUAUUCCAGAGAGAAAUGUUAUCCCUAGACCGACCUUAUCAAUAACAGCCUUAAAUUAAAGCAUAAGUCAACAACACAAACUUUAUAAAUACAUAUUAUUAUUAUUAGAAAAUAUAUUUAAAAUUCAACAGAUUAUAUCAAUUGUAUAAAAUUUGUUCAACCUUAGUAUUGUAUAGCAACUAAAGGAUUGCAUAAAUAUAACUUACCCAUGCAAAUACA